ACAGUGCCUCUACUUUCAUUUUAUCAACAUCCCAUGUGUUAAACUUCAAUAUGUGAUGAAAUGGUUCAGCAAUGUGAUUUGACAUUUUAAAAAAAGCUUAUUAUAGUCAGAGAUCAUCAUGUUUGUUUUGGCUGAAAUGAAAGACACCAUAAGGAUUCCACCCUGGCUCUUCCACAUCAAAUUUAACGAUGCUGUCAUUGAGGCUCUAAACAAGAAACUGGCAAAUAAGGUCGUUCACAAUGUAGGCCUCUGCAUUGCAUUAUGGGAUAUUACAAAACUUGAAGACAGCUAUAUAUUUCCAGGAGAUGGUGCUUCCCACACAGUGGUUCAUUUCAGAUAUGUAAUUUUCCGACCAUUUAUGGAUGAAAUAUUAACUGGCAAAACAAAGAGCUGCAGCAAAGAGGGAGUUCACGUGUCAAUAGGAAUAUUUGAUGACAUCUUGAUUCCAGCAGAUGCCAUGCAGCAUCCCUCUAGGUUUGAUGACAAGGAACAGCUGUGGGCCUGGGAGUAUGAACUGGAGGAUGGUAAACACGACCUUUUUAUGGACAUUGGAGAAGAAAUUAGGUUCCGUGUAGUGGAUGAGAUUUUUGUGGACACAACUCCCACAGGCCCUGAUGGAACAGCAAACCAGUCUUCUGAAAUAACUGACACAGAGACAAAGAAAACACCAUAUACCAUAGUGGGAUCUAUCAGUGAGCCAGGACUGGGACUAUUAUCAUGGUGGAACUCCUGACAUAAUUUCCUGUGGAAAGUUACAUGGCACUGCCACCUUAAUCUGAAUCUAGUGCAUGUCAUGACAUUGCAAAGGAACACAAUUGUUGUUCAAAGGACUACAGGGAAAAAGGAGAAUCGGUGCAAUGGAUUGUGGGUCUUUUGUGUUCAUUGAAAACUUGCUUGAUAAACAUGCAAUUAUUGCAAAAUUUGAUGAAUGAUAUUUUUGUUAUGAAUUGUUUAAUAAAAUUAAGUUCACAUCUGUA